GUUGUACUCGAUUGGUCGUAUCGUUUGUUCGCAUUUCAUUUUCAUAGUACUAUUACGGAUACUUGUGGCGUUCUGUGGCUAUAAUUUUUAUGACCAUUGGUCAAGCUAUCAUCCAUUCAGUACGGCGAAUAUCUAAACACUGUGUAAACAAACAAAAAACGCCGCCGCAAACAGUUUGGCUUCCUUCGUGUCCCUUUGUCAAAUAUAAACGUUCUUUCGUGCGUGCGUGCGUUGGUUCGUUCAUUCGCUUGCCUACGUGGUGUGUGUGUGUUAGUAAAUUGAAAAUCGAAAUUUGCGUUUGGCUCGUUAUUAAAUUGUUUAAAAAACAGCAAAUUGUCAGUUGUUUGUUAUUGAACUUAUUUAGUGGAGGUCAUGUCUGUUGUCGGGCCGUAUUGAGAACAAAAACGUGUUUCAAAUUGAUUUUUUUUGCAAUUAAACAAAGGAUUAUAGCUAAUAAAAUGCCUGGCGACCGUUUGAAUGACGAGGAUGCGAAUGAUUGUGUGAUGCCAGUUCGAUCUGCUAAUCCGAUACGCGCAAAAAGUUUGAUACGCGACAAUUUGGAGAAACAAGCCAGCACAUUAAAUUCAUUACACUCCAGAAUGCCAAACAUUAAAGUGUUUUCGGGUACAUCGCAUCCAGAUCUGGCCCAAAGGAUUGUCGACCGUUUGGGUAUCGAUUUGGGCAAAGUGGUCACCAAGAAAUUCAGCAACUUGGAAACAUGUGUUGAAAUUGGUGAAUCUGUGCGCGGUGAAGAUGUGUACAUUGUGCAAUCUGGUUCCGGUGAAAUUAAUGACAACUUGAUGGAAUUGCUGAUCAUGAUCAAUGCCUGCAAGAUCGCCUCAGCAUCCCGUGUAACAGCUGUGAUUCCUUGUUUCCCAUAUGCCCGCCAAGAUAAGAAAGAUAAGGUAAGUAAGCUGGCCGGCUCUGAUGAUGGCGAUGUAAAGCUCCGUAGUAAGAACUACGAUUGGAAAUUUAGGAGUCGUGCCCCCAUUUCGGCGAAAUUGGUCGCAAAUAUGCUAUCAGUGGCCGGAGCAGAUCACAUUAUAACUAUGGACUUGCAUGCAUCUCAAAUUCAGGGUUUCUUUGAUAUUCCCGUGGACAAUCUUUAUGCUGAACCAGCUGUUCUGAAAUGGAUCAAGGAGAACAUUACAGAAUGGAAGAACUCGAUUAUUGUCUCACCCGAUGCUGGUGGUGCUAAACGUGUGACGUCCAUUGCUGAUCGUUUGAAUGUUGAAUUCGCUUUGAUUCACAAAGAACGCAAGAAGGCCAAUGAAGUCGCUUCUAUGGUACUUGUCGGUGAUGUUAAAGAUAAAAUUGCCAUAUUGGUCGAUGAUAUGGCCGAUACAUGCGGUACAAUUGUACAUGCUGCCGAUCGUUUGGUGGAAGCAGGUGCUACAAAGGUUUAUGCUAUUUUGACACAUGGUAUCUUUUCGGGACCGGCAAUAUCCCGCAUAAACAAUGCCUGCUUUGAGGCUGUGGUUGUUACAAAUACAAUUCCUCAGGAUGGUCAUAUGAGAGAUUGUCCCAAAAUACAGUGCAUUGAUGUCUCAAUGAUGUUUGCCGAAGCCGUUAGAAGAACACACAACGGCGAAAGUGUUUCUUAUCUCUUCUCAAAUGUUCCAUAUUAAGAAAAAUCAUUUAUUUUUUUAAAUUUGUUUAAUUUUUUUAAAUGAUUAUAUUUUUUAUUUUAAUCACCAUAUUUUAUAUAUAAAUACUUCAAUAUUUUUUUGUUCAUACUAUCUUUCGUACAAUCUGAUUUUUUUCUUAACACAAUAUUUUUUUUAAAGGAUAACAAACUAAAUUUUUGGUCUACCAUUUGCCAUUGUCGUUAGACGAUUAUGUAUUUUUUAUUUGAAAUAUUUUUAAUUAUAAAAAAUAUGAUUUUUUAUUAAAUGAAAAAAAUCUUUAUUUUCUGCCUUUUUAUUGUUGACACUAAAAAAAACAAAAUAAAACUGUAGGGAUAUUUUACUAUAUAAAAAAGUAAUCAUGUUCUAAAAUUUAUUUAGUCAAAGACAAAUAUCUACACAACAUUCAUUAUAGAAUCAUGCAUUAAUUCUUUCAUCCUCCAAAUGUGUAAUUGUUGUCACUAUUUUUUUUUUUUGUUUAUUUAAAUCAGAGCACAUUUUAUGAAUCGAUAUUUAUAUACACUAAAUAUACACAGCAUAAAAACAGAAAUGAACCAGACAUUUAUGCAAAAUUUUGAAAAUAUUUUUUUAUAAAUAUUUAUAUUUGUAAUGACAAAAACAAAAACUCUUACCUAUACAUAAAACACACACAUCCAUAGAUAUUUGUAGCAGCUAAUUCCGUGAAAUCUUUAUUGUCUAAAUGUAAGAAACCCUACUUAUAAAGAAAUGAAAGAAAAUCUAACAUUGAAAGAUUGCCCUACAUUAAUGUACCAGCAGAUAAAGAAACAAUUAAAUAUCCAUAAUAUUUGUUAUAGUUAAGACUUCAUUAUUAACGCCUAGAUCAAGUGAAAGCAACUCUAUGAAAAUACCAUUGGAAAUAAACACAAAUAGUUAAAAUAAUGAAAUGAUAAGAAAAGAAAAGAAAUGAAAACAAGUAUGAAAUAAAAAAGAACAACUGAAAUAAUAUAAGUAAGAAUAAAACAAUAAUAAAACACUGAUAUAAAAUUA